ACUCACAAAAGGCAAAAUAGCAAUUCUAUUUUGUAAAUUAUAAAUUAAAAAAAUUACGAAUUUUAAUGUUACAUGAGUCGAGUCAAAAAACUAACUCCAAGAAGAAAGGAGAAAAGCCCUCUCCAUCUAAAGCAUGUCGAGGAGAAUGCAACUACAAGAUAACAUCAAUUCUAUAUAAAUAAUAAAAAAGACAGAUACAAAAAAGAAAAUCUUUGCCUUUUUUCGUGUGUGUGAAGGAGAGAGCGCCAUGGAUUCUUUCAGAGGACAAGGUGGGAUUCAGAUGCUCUUGACGGCUGAACAAGAAGCUGGUCGUAUCGUUUCGGCCGCUAGGAACGCAAAACAGGCGAGACUGAAACAAGCGAAAGACGAAGCUGAGAAAGAAGUGGAACAGUACCGUUUUCGUUUGGAGGAAGAGUACCAGAAUCAAGUUUCCGAGACGAAUCAGAGCGCCACUGCAAAGAAGCUGGAAGAGGAAACACAGGCCAAGAUUCAGAAUCUCAAGAAUUCAGGUUCAAAGGUCUCUAAAGACGUGGUCAACAUGCUCAUCCACUAUGUUACCACCACUUGAUUCUUCACCUUUUUUUUUUAUCA